ACUCCCCAUGGAAAAAAAACUUUCCAAAUAUUUUCAACAACCCAUACGUCAAGUUUAUUAUGUUUUUUCAUAUCAACAACAAAUAACCGAUAAAAAGAACAUUAUAUUUAAAUACUAAACGGUUAUAAAAGAUAAACACCGAAAUUUAGUCAUCGUCUAAUCCACUAAUUAUGAUGGUUUCUAACAGACUUUCUUAUUAAAAGAAUUGAUAUGGAUAAAGAGGCAAGCGACUUUGUGGAUAAUAAACAAUGGGGCCCAGCGUUAGAAAUUUACACAAAACUAUUACAUAGCCCCGGUUUGGAUAAGCAGCAAUUCCUGUUUUAUAUUUACAUGCGAAUGGGGUGUCUUUCGGAGCUUGGGCAACACGAAGGGGUUAUAAACGACUCUCGUGCCAUUUUAGAACUGCUUGGAGUUGGUGAGGAGAACGAGCGUAUCGAAUUUAAGGUGCGACAACGUUUGGUUUAUUCGUUGUUGUCACUUCAAAGGCAUCAAGAAGCGGAAUUAAUAGUUCAAGAAUGGACCUCGAAGAAUAAAGCAAGAGAAUCCUCUAAAUGUUUAUCACAACUUUGUAGUAAUUUUUAUAAUCAAAGUCAUAAUUUAUCAAGAUCCUCGAUGAACGGAUUUGUACAGGAAAAUUUAAAUCGUCCUAGAUGUAUUUAUUGCAACUCUACAUUUAAUGAUCAAAUAGAAUUACGACUCCAUUGUCAAAGUGAGGCCCAUCAAAUGGCGGUUAUGUCGGAUGAAGGGAGAGAUUGGCAUUUUAGGCCCCCUCCGCGUGGUUAUAACGGGGAUCAUUACGUUUUAUGCGAAAGUUUUUUGGAGAAUAAUAAUUGUAGAUAUGGAGUGCAUUGUACGGAGGCUCACGGAGCUGGGGAAUUAAAUGAAUGGAAGGAACGGUUUCAAUAUCGAUUAAUGAAAAUGCAAAGGGCUUACGAAAAGGAGUUGUAUGGUAAAUCGUACACUGAGGAGUUAUUAGAACAAUGGUUGCAAUCUUCGAAUCCUGAGGAAAUUAUGAAAGAAAAUUUAGAUUACGUUAUAUGUUCUUGUUUAUCGGAUUUAACGAUAAGUAUACCGACGAAAAAUACUUGCCAUAGUUGGAAAUUUGCAAUUCAAAGUGCGUUUAAAUUAAAAAGUGUCGCUUUAUUGCAAGAUACUUAUAGAAAUCAUUUCGAAAUAGCCUCAAUUAUUUAUAAAGAUUUAAUUAAUAAUCAAUUUGUAGAACUCGUCGCCGAUAACAAACAAGAAUGGACCACCUUAAUUAACGAAAACCACCAAAAUCAAGUUUUAUCAAACCAAGAAUACAACAUAACCAUUAAUUUCCACACAAACAUUUUCGGAACGUUUCGCCAAAGCAUUGUAUUUAAUUUCGGAUCACACCCGGUUCUUGUAAAACACGUUUGCGUCGACGUCGUACCAAUUAUGGAUUUAGAAAAGAUUAACGAUAUUAAAAAGGAGAUAAUUCUCUCGAAUGGGAAUCGUUGGAACUCGUCGAAUUGUAAUAUUAUCCCGUUUAAUUCCGUUUUAACAACAACCGACCCUUGGAUUAAAACGUUACAAGCCAUGUACCCAAACCCGAACCCCGAAACUUUCGUUUUAUCUCAAAGCACGAUCAUAGAAAAACAUUUAAGUAGGCACAAUUAUAAAACGCGAAUGCACGAAUUAUUAUUUUUGGAGGAAUUAGCUCGCAACGAGCAGAUUUCGAUGUAUAACUUAAAAACCAAGCUAACAAUCGCUCAAAGUUACGUUUUAACUUACUCGAAUAGCUCGAGUACCGCUAAAUAUUCUAAUAACGGCGAAUUGUUUGCUUUGAUUAAAUUGGGGACUGAUUUGUCGGAGGAUACACCCCACGGGAGAUUAAUUUUAAGUAAUUGUACGAGUGUUUUAUUAGCUCCUGAUGGAGAUGAGUUCAAUAAUUUAACCGUUUACGAGUGUUUGAUCGAAGAUAAAGGAAAAAAUGUAAUUUAUUUACGAAUUUCGGCGAAAGCCGUUUUAGAUUUAAACUUAAACAUUAAUUAUUUAUUCCCCGCUCAAAUACAAUUUCAAUUAAAUCGAAUCCCUUACUGCGAGUGGCAUUACGCCGUCGAUAAAUUAAACGAUUUUAAAUUAAUUUACCCCGACGUUUUCGUACAGCCCGAAAUACCGUGGAGUCCGGGGUUGCAAUGGAACGAAGGGAUGGAUACGCGGUUAAACGUGAAACAACGCGAGGCUAUAAUCGCGAUAUCAACACCGCUUUACGUUAAAUUACCCCCGAUUUUAAUAAUUGGCCCGUUUGGAACAGGAAAAACUUUUACGCUGGCUCAAGCGAUUAAGCAUUUGCUUUCGACGCCUUUUAAUCGAAUUUUAAUUUGUACCCACUCAAACAGCGCGGCUGAUUUAUACAUAAAAGAUUAUUUAGAUCCAUAUGUUAAAUCGGGGCACCCAGAGGCGACCCCUUUAAGGAUUUAUUACCAAAAACGGUGGGUUGCCACCGUUCACGACACCGUUCAAAAGUACUGCUUGAUUGAUGGGGAUGGUUCGAAUUCGUCGAAGAAAAAUUUUCGAUUACCUACAAUUGAUGAGAUUAAAAAUCAUCGGAUUAUUGUUGUUACGUUGUCGAUUUCGAUGUAUUUAACGACGAUUGGGUUACCCAAAGGAUUUUUCACCCACAUUUUAUUAGACGAAGCGGCGCAAGCUAUCGAAUGCGAGUCGAUUAUGCCUCUUGCUUUAGCGAAUGAAAAUACGAGGAUUGUUUUAGCCGGAGAUCACAUGCAAUUGAGUCCAGAGGUUUACUCGAAAAUCGCGAAAGAAAGAAAGUUCCACGUUUCUUUGUUGGAGAGGUUAUACGAUCAUUACCCAACGAAUUUUCCGUGCAAAAUCUUAUUAUCGGAGAAUUAUCGGGCUCACAAAGCGAUUAUUGAUUUCACCUCAGAGAGUUUUUACGAUCAAAGAUUAGUCGCUUGUGGGAAACAACCGAGUCAUGAAAAUUAUUACCCCCUAACUUUUUACACAACUCGAGGCGAAGACGUUCAAGAUCAAAACUCAACCGCUUUUUAUAACAACUCAGAAGUUUAUGAGCUCGUCGAACGAGUAACCGAGUUAAGAAACGUUUGGCCGGAAAAUUGGGGCAAAUUCAACGAGCACUCAAUAGGGAUCAUGAGCCCAUAUUCGGAUCAAGUAUUUCGGAUUAGAACCGAAUUGCGGAAAAGAAAAAUGCACGGAAUUUCGGUUGAGCGAGUCCUAAACGUGCAAGGAAAACAAUUUCGGGCCGUUUUUUUAUCGACCGUUCGCACAAGAAGAACGUGUCAACAAAAAAAUAACGACGAAUUAGAAUACGGGUUCUUAUCCAACUCAAAAUUAUUAAACACGGCUGUUACGAGGGCGCAAAGUUUGGUUGUUGUGGUCGGAGAUCCCGUUUCUUUAUGCACAAUCGGGAGGUGUAGCAAAGUUUGGGAGCGAUUUUUAGAAAUUUGCGAAAAAAAUCACAGCUUAUUCGGGAUAAGUUGGUCCCAAUUGCGGAAUCAACUAGACGGGGUCGAAUUAAAAAAGAAUUACGGAUUAAACCCUCUAGCCCCUGAAUUCGUACCAAGAAAACACUUAAUGGAGGCUUACAUCAUUAACUCGAAAGUUUCCCCAAAUUUCGUUUGGCCCGCAAACGUCGAAAUGAUAAAAACCCCAGCUUCACCCACAAUUUCAUCAUCAACACAACCCCCACCGCAACAAUCUCAACCACGUCCAGUUUUUUACCAAAUUCCACCCCCAACCCAUUUUAACACCCUCCCCCAAUUCAUCCACGUCCCCAGAAUACCCCCGUUAAUUCCAAGACCCACUUACAUAAUUAACUCAAAUUAUUUCCCCAAAUACAACCCCCCACCCCCGUUUAUUCAAAACACAAACUUAUUCCCCCCGAUUUUACCCCCACAACAACAGCCACCGAUUAAUAAAAUAAUCCCAACAAACGAAAACAUACAAAUAAUUCAAUCAAAACAACCCUUAAUUAAUAUGAACCAAGAAGAAAAGGGGAUGAUUCAAUUCUUAGGGAACGUUCAUUUCCCCGAAUCGAUGCAAAAUUCGACCCUAAAUGAAUGCGUAAAUCUCUUACCGCCGAAUAUGACACUCGCUGAUAUGAUCACCCAAAAUUAUAAAGUCCAAGAAAGUUGGUUUCGUUAUUUAUUAAAUACUAAAGGGAUUGAAGCGGCGAAAAAAUUCGAAUGUUUGAUUCAUUUAACGACGAAAAGGGAUCGAUUGAGUUUGACGCCGACUAAUUCGAACGUAAAUGGGGUUUGUCAUAAUAUAGGUGAGCACAAUUUGAGUGGUCAAGAUAAUUGGACUCGAAUCAAUAUGAACGAUUCGGUUUUUUUGAUGGAAAAUGGGACUCAACCGAAAUCGACUCCUUUGUAUCAAAGGGGAGUGUCGAAUUCGAGUCCCAGUAAUAAGUUGGAUGAAAAAUUUUCGAAUUUAAGUUUAGGGGAGACGACCGCUAGUUUGGAGAAUAAAAGUUAUGCUAGCGUUUUGAAAAAGUCUAAGCCGGUCACACCUUUGGAGUUGAUAAAUAAUUUAAAGCCGGAUAAUUCGGAAAAUGAUUCUAGACUUUACCAGUAUUUUGUAUAGAUUUAGAUGUUUAACACCUUUUUAAACGGAUUUGUAUAUAGAUUUUUUUUAAUAUAUAUUUAGAUUUUUUAGUGAUAAGUCUUAAUAUUAGUUUUAAAUCUUUUUCCCUGUGGAUUGUAAGUCUUUUAUAGAGAUUUAAAAAAAAGUGUAUGUGUACAUAAAUAAAAGUUUCUGUAAUAAAUCGAUGUAGUUUA